AUGGAUAUUGCAGAUCUGUCUUUUCCGAGAAGAAUGGACGUCCAUUUAACGAUUUUUAUUGCUGUUAAUAUUUUUAUUCUUUCUUUCUAUCUAUCUAUCUAUCUAUCUCAGUCUGUUCAUAUCUAUCUAUCUAUCUAUCUAUCUAUCUCAGUCUGUUCAUAUCUAUCUAUCUAUCUAUCUAUCUAUCUAUCUUAUCUGUUCAUAUCUAUCUAUCUAUCUCAGUCUGUUCAUAUCUAUCUAUCUAUCUAUCUAUCUAUCUAUCUAUCUAUCUAUCUCAGUCUGUUCAUAUCUAUCUAUCUAUCUAUCUAUCUCAAAAUAUAUUGUCGUUCGUGUGUGCGUGUGUUCGCUCGCCCGGUUGUCUGCUCUCCUUGCCGCCCUGUACCACUCUACACGUCCUUAUCGUCGUCGCUGAAGUCAGUAGUCUUUCGGGGUAGAACGCUUUCCGCAUAUGCAUCCGAAGCGCCACCGCCGCCGUUCGCGACAAUUUUUUAA